GGGAACGGAUUUAUUUCUCUCUGUGUCUUUACAGUUCCUCAAACACAAUGGGGACCUCUAUUUGGGCUCGUUUCCUGAGACAUGAGGGUAAUACCAAAUCUCUGUUGCCCUUAUGCGUCCACACAGUUGUGCCCCCUAAUGGGACCAUCGGUGGGAGCUGCAGUGAGGUGAGGGCUGAGCCCACUCCUCCCUGUGUGCAGAGGGCAGGUAUGGCUCUGCCUUUUCCUUACACAUAGAGCCAGAGACCUUGUCUGUGGUGGCAGCUGGAUAUCUCGGCCUCAUGAAGUUUGGAUACUCCAUAUCACAUAUUCCAGGCUAUUUCAGAAAAUGCUUAUUUUGACAGUGGCAUCAAUGUUCUCCAUCCACUGAUUCUGUACAUUUUUUGAGUUUGUGUUUCAGGUGAAGAGCUGGAGGCUCCACCAGUGACUCCAUCAACACGUUCACCUGUCAGACUCUUUUUGGGCUCCCACAGAGGGAUGUGUGACCACUGGUCCUGGGCUCCUGCAGAGGGAAAGUGAGAGGAAUGAAGCAAAUUGGGGAGAGCAUGGAGGGCAGUAGAUUUUGGCUCUAAGAGUGCCCCUCUGGGCUCAGUCCUGAUGUGCCCACAGGUCCUUCUUGGAUUCUCGGAUGGAUCUUUGUAUGAGUGGCCCAGGAUCCAUAGAUUAGGGCACACACAGGGGACAGAAGGGAGGUUGUAGGACUGUCGCACCUGCAGAGAUCAGGCAUGUAAAAGUCUCUGGAUUUCUUGCCCCUCAGUGCUGCCAGAGGGCAAGACUCCAUCUCACUCAGCUCCUUCCUGUCUGGCAAGGUCUGUGGGUUGCUGGGGGAUUUGCAACAGGUCAUGUCCACAGCCAGGAGGUCUUGCUGGAGUUUGGGAGGUGACCCAUGCCUCAUUACCUCUGCUGGGAGCCGGCAUGUGACCCAGCACAGCCUCCGGCAAACAGAGCACUUUGUUCUGACCCUUUGCACUUCCCUGCCAGUGAGCUGCCCUCUAAUCCCCCCAAGGAGGGAUUUUCCUCUCCCACCCCAGCUCCCUGUGCCUUGGUCCCCUCGGAGAGCGGUCCAGGGUAAUAAUUUACUGCCUGCCACAAGCCACUCCUUCGGACUUUUUCUUCGACCUUCAGACUGUAUUGCCAAAAUAAAAACAUCGGGAGGGAGAGAGGCACAAGCUGCUUCCCACGGCGAGAGUGUGGCAGUGCCCGCCAGCCCUGCUGCUGGAUCCCAGGAGCCCUGCCUGCAGGUGGAGGAACAUCUGCGUGCUCUGCUUCCCGAGGACACCCGGGGCCAGCAGCUGAAUUCCUGCCCCAGCUGCAAGGAGAGGAGAUUAUUCUGGCUGGCUUAUGUCCGUGGCCUGGAUGGAGCCCUCUUCCACUGCCCUGGGCAAGACAAAGGAACUCAUCAAGCACGGCCGGGAGAGGAUAGAACAAACCAUCAAGGCCUCUGGCUCCAGGCUCUGCUCAUAUGCUGAGCGAGUUGUUUUUUUAAUGGAUCGUUCCCGGAGCCCAGACAAAAGCACCCAGCCUUCAACACCAACUGACAACAUCAACCUCGGACCUUCUGCUAACCCCAAUGCCAAGCCAACAGACUUUGACUUCCUGAAGGUUAUUGGCAAAGGAAGCUUUGGAAAAGUUCUCCUGGCCAAACGCAAGUGUGAUGGGACUUUUUAUGCAGUGAAAGUCUUGCAUAAGAAAACCAUCCUCAAGAAAAAAGAGCAAAACCACAUCAUGGCAGAACGCAACGUGCUUCUGAAAAAUGUCAAACAUCCCUUCCUUGUGGGACUCCACUAUUCCUUCCAGACCUCAGAGAAGCUUUACUUUGUGCUUGACUAUGUAAAUGGAGGAGAGCUCUUCUUCCACCUGCAAAGGGAGCGAUGCUUCCGUGAGCCCCGGGCCCGAUUCUACGCUGCAGAAGUGGCCAGUGCCAUUGGCUACCUGCAUUCCCUAAACAUCAUCUACAGGGACUUAAAGCCUGAGAACAUCCUCCUGGAUUGCCAGGGACACAUAGUACUGACAGACUUUGGACUCUGCAAAGAAGGAAUGGAGCAAGAGGAGACAACUUCUACCUUUUGUGGCACUCCUGAGUAUCUGGCUCCUGAGGUGCUAAAGAAGCAGCCCUAUGACAGGACAGUAGACUGGUGGUGCCUAGGAGCUGUUCUCUAUGAAAUGCUCUUUGGACUGCCUCCUUUUUACAGCCGGGAUGUGUCUCAGAUGUAUGACAACAUUCUGCACAAGCCACUGCAGAUCCAAGGAACCAAGACUGUGGCAGCUUGUGACAUCCUUCAGGGACUUCUCCACAAGGACCAGAAGAGGAGGCUGGGUGCCAAAACAGACUUUCUUGAGAUAAAGAACCACGUAUUCUUCAGCCCAAUAAACUGGGAUGAUUUAUAUCACAAGAGGAUUACUCCUCCAUUCAACCCCAAUGUGGCUGGCCCAGCUGAUCUGCGACACUUUGAUCCUGAGUUCACCCAAGAAGCCAUCUCUGCCUCCAUCACCCGCACGCCUGACCUAGCAGCCAGCAGCUCCAGUGCCUCAGAUGCGUUUUUAGGAUUUUCAUAUGCACCAACUGAAGAGGACUUUUAAGUUUUACAAAGGCUUUGACGAGCCAUAUUUUAAAUCAAUGGGUUUUUGUGGGUUUUUUGUUGUUUUCUUUUCCCCUUUUGAGAGGAUUGGUACUGUCCUUUCCUCAUGGUUUAAGGAAAUUGGCACUAACACACUAACUAGCUCAGAACUGGGAUGGAAGAGAUCUUAAUUUUUGCUGUUUUGUGGAUUUUCUCCCUAAGUGAAUGUUUCCCUGCCAGGGAAAGUGAGACACUGACUAUGAUUUUCUGAGUGUCUUGUGCUACUUGGCAGAAUUGUAUUCACUUUGUGGUUAUAUUUAUGUUUGAGGUAUGUGCCAUCAUUCACAUCAAGAGCCAUGUCCCUUUAACUGGACAUGUUUAUUUUACUUUUUUGCUUUUUUUGUGGAGUAAUGCUCAGCUAUGUCCAACAUUUUUCUCAAAGCUCUCAAGAGAAAAGGAAACUCUUCGCAUCACUAUGAACAGUGGCUUCCUUCCUUUAAGUGAACUUUGUCACUCAAGCUAUUCACUCUGGGCUAAGUGAAAAACAGUUCAUCAGUUAUUGUUCCAAAGGCAACUGCAGAUCUGUGAAACCUGAACUGCACUGUGGCCUUUCAGGCCAGUCUGAUCCUCCUCAAAGUGAGUGGAUUAUCUUUCUGGUCCAGGAUUGGCAAGCUACUGAAGCAACAACAAGGCUGUGAUGGAGGAGCCAAUGUGUAGGGGGAAAAUCCCAGAUCACGGAGGGGUGGGGAAAGACUGAGUUGCUUGGAAAAAUAAAAAUACCUUCAUAGCUGAAAUCUGGUUGGGGGUGGGGGGUGCUUUCACAGCAUGUGCUUGACUUGCCCCAGGCACACCAACACUACUGUAUUGAGCACAGGGCAGUGAACAAUGAGUGGUGGCCAUGCUCCAGACUCCAGCACUCACUGAAAAUGCCCAUCACUGAAGUGGAACAGUUAUUUAUUCUGCCUUAAUUUAAAAGCUGGUGUGUUCAUUGAAUGUCACUUCCCACGUUUUCUUAAGCUGUUUUGUGCUGUUGAUGUGGGGAGGAGAGGGGGGUUCAGUGCAACACGGGGAUAACCAAGGGUCUUUCUAAAAGUUGUGUGGUGGGGAACCUUGUGCUGGUACAACUGUGUGUUUUGUUUGUUUUUUUUUUAUCAGGCUCUAUCUUGUAUAUGCCGAAGUCAUUGGAAAUAUGACAUGGUUUAUAUUAAAGUUGCAAACACUGA